AUCCAAGCCUUCGGUACGCCAUAGUCAUACCACCCCUUCACACCCGCCCCCCUCAAACCUCCACUCCCACUAACCGCCCCUCUCCCCCCCAAACAGCGGCCGGCGAAUUCGUCGUCGUCCUAGACGACCCCUCGCGCGAGAACGAAGCGGACCUGAUCAUCGCCGCCGAAUCCGUCACCACCGAGCAGAUGGCCUUCAUGGUGCGACACUCGUCGGGGCUGAUCUGCACGCCCCUCCCCGCCACACGCGCCGCGGCGCUGGCGCUGCCCGCCAUGGUGGCCGUGUCGCAGGACCCGCGCGGCACCGCCUACACGGUCAGCGUCGACGCGGCCGACCCCUCCGUCACCACGGGCAUCAGCGCCCGCGACCGCGCCCUCGUCUGCCGCGCGCUGGCCGACGACAAGGCUACGCCCGCGGAGUUUCGUCGGCCGGGGCAUGUUUUCCCGCUGCGCGCGAGGGAGGGCGGGGUUCGGCAGCGGCCCGGGCAUACCGAGGCGGCGGUGGAUCUGUGCCGGCUGGCGGGGAAGAAGCCGGUUGGGGUCAUCUGUGAGCUGGUGGAUGAUGGGGUGGAGGUGCCUGGUCGUGCCGUCCGGGAGGAGCCUGGGAUGUUGAGGGGGGAGGCGUGCAUAGCGUUCGCGAGGAAGUGGGGGCUGAAGGUGUGCACUAUUGCUGAUAUGGUGGCGUACCUGGAGAAGGUGGAGGGGAAGAUUGAGGUUAAUGGCUCAUGAAGGGGGCUUAUCUUUGAAAAGGGGGAGGAGGGAGGCCGUUCCUCCUGGAGCGUUGUGGAACGGUAUAUACGACGGCACAUAUGGUAUUCUUACUGCAUCCGAGACAGACUUUUGUCGAGUCUCGACCGAGGGUUUGAGGAGCGUGGUUACAUUUCACCAUGUAGAUUUUCUGGGUAUAUGGCGCACUGCAGCAUCCGGGUCGAAUAUUGAUAGAGAAAAGGUUACACAGCUUUGAAGCGGCCGAAU